AGGCUAUUACUAUUCAGAUAAGGAGGAGGGUCUAUGCGUAAUGCACAUCAUCAUGGACGCUUUUUGUACAGACAGGGCGUAUAGGUGCAUUGCCAGUUACAAUGUAUCGACUCGAGAACUCAGCGACAACAUUAACGGGUGUUUGAAAUACUUUUACAUUAUUAUUCUGGAUGAGGAUGCCCUACCGAGCAGGAGGUAAAACAUUUUUCUACAGGAUGGUACCCUAGCUAGGACUUGAAACUUGAGGAAAACAGUUAUCUACAUGAUUCAAAGAUGCUUUGGUUGGUAUCUGCCUAUAGACUGAACGCUUGUAAGGUCCUAGGGCGGUGAGGUUGACAAGGCAGACGGUUUAAGGACAAGGACAGAAUAAAUGGUCCGCGAUGCCAAAGGAGCAGGCACAUUUUGGGGAGCGGCCCGAGCGCGUACCCCAGGGCACCUCUAAGAAUGCCAAGGAUAAGAGUAACAGUGCCACUCUGCGGGCAUCCCAGUGUGGCACUCACAGAGACCAGGAGGGUAGGAGAAUGGGCAUGAACGGGAGGAUGUCACUGUCUGACUCGGAGAAGGACUCAGAGAAAGACUCCGGAUACUCUGAGACUGGUUCGGACUCGGUGCAGAAUGAUCUGGAUGACCAGCGUAUCAGCGUAAGUGAGGCCCACCGAGCCCACAGCAGUAGCAGCUCCCUGAACCACCGGGCCCACUGCAGUAGCAGCUCCCUGAACCACCGGGCCCACAGCAGUAGCAGCUCCCUGAACCACCGGGCCCACAGCAGUAGCAGCUCCCUGAACCACCGGGCCUACAGCAGUAGCUCCCUGGGCCACAACAUGCCCCCGUUUGAGGAGCAAAACCCCAUCUACGUCAUCAAGAACCUGGUGGUUAAACCGUCUGGACCAGAGCAACUACUGCACAGAACCCUGGCGUGGGGGGGAGGAUGGGACAAUCUGUCUGGUUCCAAGGCCCCCACCCAGCUCCUACUCAUCCAAAAACCAGGGGUACCCUCCCCCGUCCCUGCCCACAACAAUCCACAGGGCCAGUCCAAGAAAGGGGGCAGUAGAAGCAACAAGAACCAUAACAGCAAGAACUCGUACCUCCCCAUCCUCAACUCCUACCCCCGCAUUGCCCCCCACCCGAGGAAGGAAGGCUCAGAGCAGAGCAUAGAGGGUGCAGGGGAUGUGAAGGAGAGAAGCAUAGAGGGCCAGAGCCGGAGCAAGAGGGUGUGUACGGAGGACAAGAGAGAAGCAGUGUCCACCACCACUCAUCUUCGACCACAGCAGCACCAACACCACCAGCGAGAGAGCAGAACCCAAUCCUAUUACAAAGUCAGCAGCAGCCGAAGCUCCUCCUCCCACCUCCCUCACCAUUCCAUGGGUGGCCCUGCCUCCUCCACCCAGCAGGGAUCUCACUACUGCCACCAACAUGCUAAACCCAGCCCCUCCCACUCCAACGGUAUUGGCUCCCCAUCUGUCAUCAGCUCCCAAAAAUCCUCCUCCACCUCGUCCUCCUCGUCCUCUGCCGACAGCUGGGCCCCAGAGGCCACAGUAGACCUGUCCAACUGCUUGUCUGACUGCUCGUUGGUGCGUCAGCGGCGCUUCCUCAACACGGCAGAGAUCCUGAGCCAGUCGGGCCUGCUGGCCAUCACGCUGCGCACCAAGGAGCUGCUGCGCCAGAAUGCCGCCACCGAGAAAGAGCUGGCCCAGCUCCGCCAGCACGCCCAGCUACUCUGCUUGGCGGCCCAGACCGGCCAAGAGGCCACCCAGCAAGGACCAAACGAAGGUCCCAGCCCCAUGGACAAGCUGCUCCAAGCCAUGUCCCAAUCGGGACGCUACCCGAGCCUCGACUGGACCUACUUUAAUGCCAACAGCAACAACCGUCCCGAGAAAGGAGACGAGGCUGAGAAAGACAUCAGGGACAGUAUUAACAACUACAAGCAUAGCCCGUCUCAGAAUCCGUUGGUGGCGGCGCCCCUUGGUAACCAUGACGAUAGCACAUCACCUCCGUCGCCACUUUUCGCCCUGUCUCCUGACCCAGAGGACUGUCCCGAUGUUCUCGGCAGCUUGCUCUCCAUCUCUCCAUCUCCCCCUCCCCAAAGGCGGGGCCGGAGACAUGGGGGAGGCGCUAAGCCCCUGUGUGACCCCACCAUGCCCCCGGAUAGCUCCACCCACCGGGCCUAUUUACUCUAGCGCUUAUGGGGAGGGGCCUCCAUGGGGGACAUUUUGAUGGAGGAGCAUGUGCCACUGUAGGGGGAGAAGGUAAGGAGUGAGGGGAAUGCACUGAACUGUGCAAAACUGUGAAUACCCGAUCUUAACUGUAUUACAUCUGAUGGACUCUUUUUUUGUUUGUUGCUGUUGACUCUACUACCACACUUAUAUAAUUAUCACAAUAUUGUUUCUUUUAUUGAUCUAAUUAGCCAGGGUAUUUCAAUAAUGAGAACAUACAAAUAUGCUUCUUAGGGGAUGUUGUAAACAAACAUGAGGGUCCAUGAAUGGAUUAUCCAAUUCAGUACAUUACAUUCCAGCACAUCUAUCAUUAAAUGUAUGGAAUAGAAUUAUUCUGCUAGGGCCCUUUUUAAACAUAGAAAGGUUCUCGGUUGUAGUUUUCUGAAAACCCUUGGUAAAACGAUAACGGCACACGAGGAUACUAGGGGCUUUUCAACAUAAUGGGAAAAUGAACACAGACCAAUCCAUUAUCCGUUUGCUCAGGCUUUCCGACGGUCCUUGACUGCUUCAGUGGCGCCGACAGUGUGAAAGGGGACUUUGACCUCAACCGACCGUUGGGGUAGUCUCCAAUGAACUCCCUCAUGCCAUGGUCAGUGCUACUGUGCUCUCUGGUCAUUGUGAGCGUUAAAGCCAUUCUCAGAAUAAAGAAUGGUCUGCAUGUAGCCUAGUAUAUUGCAGCUCUGAAGUGCUUAAUAUAUUGUGGGCCAUGUUCUCUCUUUGUUCACAGUCAUAUUACCAGCCAGAUUCUCUGGUGUAACAUGAGACUAGAGUCAGAUAUCAUGGAGACAGACACUGUACUAGAGGCACAUUGGUCAUAAUACCUGAUUGAAUUGUAGUUAGGCUAUACAGUAGUCAGACUAUUUUGAUGUGCAUGGCACUGGGAUAUCACUGGCUAUUUCUGUAUAAUUUGGUAUGCUCCUUUGAUCCUAUUUGUGUGUUACCUAAAGUGCAGUCUGAUUGGAUUAUGGUAUUGUGGGUAUGGGCACGGACAUGUAGUAUAUGUUUGUCUGCAGCUUUAUGGUGGAUUAAUGGAGCAAUCCGCAUUUCAAACAAAUGGAACCACUCUCAAAAGAAGAGUAUAUAGUGGCUGUCAUAUUACCAGCCAGAUUCUCUGGUGUAACAUGAGACUAGAGUCAGAUAUCAUGGAGACAAUUCAUUUCAAACAAAUGGAACCACUCUCAAAAGAAGAGUAUAUAGUGGCUGUCAUAUUACCAGCCAGAUUCUCUGGUGUAACAUGAGACUAGAGUCAGAUAUCAUGGAGACAAUUCAUUUCAAACAAAUGGAACCACUCUCAAAAGAAGAGUAUAUAGUGGCUGUCAUAUUACCAGCCAGAUUCUCUGGUGUAACAUGAGACUAGAGUCAGAUAUCAUGGAGACAAUUCAUUUCAAACAAAUGGAACCACUCUCAAAAGAAGAGUAUAUAGUGGCAGUCAUAUUACUCUCAAAAGAAGAGAUAUAACUAUGGAUGCAAGGACCGAACAUCGUUGAGAUCAACAUUAUAGUCAUGUUUUGAGGCUAUAAGUGUUUUUAAAACAAUUAUAUUGUUUACAAACAGAUUAUAAAAAGGUUAUAUUUUCAGUUCAGAUGGGAAUCUACAGUUGAAGUUCAUGAGGCAUUUAUACUGUGUACAAAACAUUAAGAACGACUACCUUAUAUUGAGUUGCACUUUCAUCUGAAUUCACCUGGUCAGUCAGUCAUGGACAGAGGCAGGUGUGUAUAAUGUUUUGUACACUCAGUGUAUAAGUUAGAUUUGUCAAGAAUCAAUAGCAUCAUUCAUUGGAAAGUAAAAUGUAUGUAGCAAUCUCAGCUUGUACAGUUGUGAAAUUUGACUGUUUCUAUGAAAACACAAAACUAUAGGACUUCAGUUAUUGUAGAUAGAAUUAGAAGUGAAUUUGAAGAUGAUAUAAAAUGUAAGCAACUGUGUGAAACCAAGUGUUUGUUCCCUUCUGCUUCAGGCGCCUGAACACGUAGGCAUUAACAUGAUGUAAUAAAGAGCUCCAAUUCAUUCAAUAAAUACAAAUGACUUCAAGUUCAUU